CGUGUCAGAUGUUACGUGACGGAUCUUACGUCACAUAUGCACUGACCAAAAAAAUUAAAAUAAUAGAUCUGAUGCUUUACAGAAAAAGUCGGUAUACUAAGAAAAGUGGCAUUGAAUUUGAACUGGCCAUAUGUAUUCCUAAAGUAUGCUCAACUGAACAUGCUCUAAGGAUUUUGAUAAACGACACGACUGUAACAUCGGGUGUCAAUGAAGCAUUCUGUCGGCUCCCUAAUGACAAGCCAUGGGUUGCUGCUGAUUAUGUAGCAAUUGUAAUAUUCUCAAGCAUUGGUCUUUUAACAAUAUUAAGUACAUUUUACAAUAUUCGACAUACAGUUGUACUUAAAAAUGAUUCAAAACAAGCAAGCAAACUGUAUAUGAUAUUCUCAGUGUACGCGAAUACUAGGAAAUUCUUCAAUUAUAGAUCAGACGUAAACGCAUUAAACAGCGUGGAAGGUGUCAGAUCGAUUGCAAUGCUUUGGAUUAUACUUCUCCACACCUUUGCUAUUCAGUUUAGCUUUUUACCUGCCAAUCCACAAGAUGUACAUGAGGUAAAACUAGUAUUGGUACUAUUUUUUCAUUAUAAGAGAGCGUGAUGAGGUUACAUUUAAAGUGCUCACCACCAA